AACGAGACGGUUACAAGAAAUCGUCGUCGCGAUGCGGGUCCUCGUGAGGUAUCUCUACCUCGCACGACGAAUCGAGGGAGUAAAAGUCGGGGAGAGUGGAGUCGAGGGCGACAGUGGGGUACAAGUCGCAAUGACCGUAUCCGAACUGAGUACGUCGGCCCCCACACCCCAAACAACCACAUGAACGCCAAGCUAACACAGAAAACACCCAUAGACCACCUCCUCCGCACUCACCCAAUCCUCCCAACCCUCCUCCCAAUAACACACCACACCCCCCACCUCCACACCCUCCACCACGCCCUCCUCACAAACUCCACCCGCACCCUCCGCACACCCUCAACCCCUCCCGCUCUCAUCCACUCCAACCUCCACAUCCUCAAAAUCCUCGCGCCGCAGGCACAUGUGGAGCAGAGUGUGUUGACCGCGUUGGAUGCGUAUGUCGCGUUUGGGGUUCGGGAGUUUGCGGGCGGCUUGGACGGGGCACGGAGAGCGGGUAGUGACGCUGCGAUACUCAGGGCUAUCACGACAGCGAUCCAAUCCCUCCGCCCCCCAGCCCAACUAGCAGAAUCCCUAUCCACGGCAACCACAUCCCUCUCCAUCUCGGUCGCGGCAUUAUCGGGUGUUUCGCCUAUUUCGUAUUUCUGGCGUGAGGCGGGAGGGGAGUGUGGUGUGAAAUUGAGGGAGAUGGUGAGAAGUCAUGCCGGGGUGAGGGGGUUGUUGGGGAGGUUGUUGGGUGGGGGGAUGAGAGGGGGAGGGAGAGGGCGGUUGUGGCGGGGUGGUUGAGUGGGAGAUAGGAUAUGCACUAUCAUUAUUACUAUUACGUACCGCACUG